AUUUGAUUCUCAAGCCAUCUACUGUCGAGGAGAAGGAAAAAGAAGCUCUCUGCUGUAGAAAAUAAUGUCACUGAAUAAUGAUAUUAAAAUUGCAAGAAAGUGGAUGUAUGAAAGAAUCGAUGGCUCCACUAAUCAAGUUUCAGAAACUUUUUGUCAAGGUUUAGAGAGUUUUAUGGAAUUUGCUAAGAAACAACCUCUAUUUCUCGAGAAUGGCAAGCUUUUUUGUCCAUGUUAUAAGUGUGACAAUGGAAGAUUAUUAGAAGAAAAAUCUGUGUGGAGUCAUCUAUAUAAUAGGGGUUUUACAUGCAACUACUGGGUUUGGAUUUCUCACGGAGAGAAUUAUAAUAUUCUAAACAAUCCUGAGAAUAUAAUUGCUAGUGAAGAUGCUUCUGGUUUUGACUCUCAAACCGAAACAGUAAAUCCUUACGUGUCAAUGGUAUCAGAUGCAUAUGCAGAUGGUAAUCAGGAAACUUCAUUCGAUCAGAAUAUGGAACAAGAGCCUAAUGCUGAGGCUAAAAGGUUUUACAAUAUUUUGGAUGCUGCCAAACAUCCAAUUUAUGAUGGAUGUAAAGAAGGUCUUUCACAACUUUCUUUAGCAGCUCGACUCAUGAGUUUGAAGACAGAUUAUAAUUUGCCUCAAAAUUGUAUGGAUUCGAUUUCUCAGAUGAUGCAAGAGUAUUUGCCACAAGGUAACAAUUCAAUGAAUUCUUACUAUGAUAUAAAGAAGCUUAUGCGGUCUUUAGGUUUACCUUAUCAGAAAAUUGAUGUUUGCCAAGAUAAUUGUAUGCUAUUUUGGAAGGAUUCCGCAAAUCUAGAAAACUGUCUAUUCUGCAAAAAAGACAGAUAUCGACCUACUCAAAAGUCUGGACAGAAAAAGGUUGCAUACAACAAAAUGUUUUAUUUGCCGGUUGGAGAUAGAUUGAAGCGAUUAUAUCAAUCUAAUAAUACUGCAAGAGACAUGAGAUGGCACGCAGAACAUACAAUGAAUGGUGGAGAAAUGUGUCAUCCUUCAGAUGGAGAAGCAUGGAAACAUUUUCUUGAGGUAUAUCCUGAAUUUGCAUCUGAGUCGAGAAAUAUUUACCUUGGGUUAUGCACGGAUGGUUUUAAUCCAUUUGGUAUGUCUGGACAUAAUUAUUCGCUAUGGCCUGUUAUUCUGACUCCGUAUAAUAUGCCACCUGAGAUGUGCAUGAAACAAGAAUUUAUGUUUCUAACCAUUCUAGUCCCUGGUCCUAAUCAUCCUAAGAGAAGUCUUGAUAUAUUUCUUCAGCCACUGAUAGAAGAGUUAAAGGAUCUGUGGGUUAAUGGGAUUGAGGCCUAUGAUAUUUCUACUAAGGAGAACUUUAUCUUACGAGCUGUGCUUAUGUGGACAAUAAGUGACUUUCCUGCUUAUGCUAUGCUUUCUGGAUGGACAACUCAUGGUCGAUUGGCAUGCCCUUAUUGUAUGGACCAGACUGAUGCAUUUCAGUUGAAGAAUGGCAGAAAAACAAGUUGGUUUGAUUGUCAUCGUCGUUUUCUACCAGCAGAUCAUAGCUAUCGGCGCAAUAGGAAAAAUUUUAAAAGAGGGAGGGUUGUGACUGACGAUCCACCUGAGUUGCUUACAGGCGAGGAAAUAUGGAACGAGGUAAAUGGUUUGCCAAAAACAGUUGAUUGCGGAGGAAACCAUGGGCGCUUAAAGGGUUAUGGUGACAUUCACAACUGGCACAAGCAAAGCAUUUUUUGGGAGUUACCUUACUGGAAGAACCAUAAACUUCGACACAAUCUUGAUGUGAUGCAUAUAGAAAAGAAUUUUUUCGAUAAUAUCAUCAAUACUCUACUGAAUGUUCCAGGAAAAACAAAGGAUGGCAUCAAAUCACGACUUGAUUUGGAAGAGUAUUGUAACAGGAAAGAUCUACACUUAACAACUGAUGGCAAGGUUCCCAUUCCAAUUUUCAGACUACAAGCUGAUGCAAAAACAGCUUUCUUAAAAUGGCUUGAAAAAGAUGUUAAGUUUUCUGAUGGAUAUGCAUCGAGUCUGUCAAAGUUCACGAUUGUCAUGUUCUAAUGCAACGGCUCAUUCCAGUUGCGUUUGCUGAACUUAUGGAUAAAUCUGUGCAUGAAGCACUAUCAGGUAAACACAAAACUUUUUAUUACAUUUAUAUUUUUGUCUAUGGUCGUUUCUCUAUUUUUUCAGUUAUUUUUUGAGGCUGCUGCUUUGAUUUGAGUUCAUAGUGUUCUGUUUUGAUUUGAGUU